AUGGCAACCAUUUCUGAGAGAUCCUCUCGAGCCCAGGCCAGAAAUGGAUGGCUGCAUGACCCCUUCCUUUUCACUCCUAGUGCCUUCUUCACCUGGAGCUUGGCUGUGAGCUACAACAUGGUGGAGUAUGCAUGUCUCUCGAUCAUUAUCACCUUCUACACGAAAGAAGCUAUGAAAACUCAUCUAGCGGAAGCAGCCAUAAUCGUUUGUGUGCAGGAUGGUCUCGCUUCUUUCGCAGCUGUAGUUCUCGCUCGCCUCACCUGUGAAAGAUCUGGUCGUCGUUUUUAUGCGAUUGUCUUCACAACAGGUUCAUAUAUUGCAGGAGUGAUAAUGUUAUGGUCUUAUGCCAGACAGCAACCCCAAGAUCAAGAGAGGAACGUGCCUCUUUUCUUAGUGGUAUCUUGUCUUUUUGCAUUAGGAAAGGCAGGAUAUGAUCCAGUUUUGAAGUCAUUCCUGGAGCGUAAUUUAUGUGGAAGCUCCACUGAAAGAACAAGCCCGACAAAAAGAUCAGAAAUUUACAAGAACAUAUGGGUUCAUGGUGCUUGGAUUGUCGGAGCCAUCAUAGCUAUCUUUGGCUUUUUGGGACUUGAGUGGCCAAAAGUUUUGGAAUUGUCACUUAUAGUCAUGAUAUCAUCUGGUCUCUUUUUCCUUUUCGGCUCCAACAUUACUGAGCCUAUGAGUCAUUCAUCAGUUCACGAAGACGCCACCACCGUCGUCCCAAAACGAGGGAGAAACGCGAUGAAGUGGCUUUUGAUGUUUAGCUGCAUCGCAUACAGCUUAGUCUUGGCCACUGGUAACAUUUUCUUCCAAGAACAAGGUACUAAAAUGGAGCCUCUGACGAUAAAGGGGAAGGAGGUUCGGCUUUCUCUCAUGAUUGUAAUAAAGAGCGCUGUGAAUGAAAUCACCAUACUGAUAUUUGGUUUAUUUAAGGCUAACAAAAAGCAAGGGAUCACAUUAGUAAGAAUUGGUAGUGGAAUGGUCUGUGCUAUUAUAUGUUGUGUGAUAGCAUGGAAGGUAGAGAUUGAGAGAAAGAAAGAGGUAAGCGAUAAGGGCCCCAAGACUAGUGUGGCAUGGUUGUUCCCUCACUAUGUUCUAUUAGGACUCGUGGAAGGGCUUGCCCAAAGCGGGUUAGAGGAACUGUUUGGAAAUGAUUAUGAUGAGAAUGAGAGAUUGAGGAAUCCUGGGAAGCUUUCAAAAGAGAUGGUUUCAUGCGUGGGGAAGUUCUUGGGGAUUCCUUGCAUUGUGAUUGUGAGAAGGUGGUUCAAGAACUUUGACAAAGACCAAAGCCGUUUGGAUAGGUACUAUUUUAUGUUGGCAACAUUGUCCGGUGCGUUCUUUUUCAUUUACGUUAAUGUUGCUUUCUUGUUUAAUAAAGUUGUGUCUGAUGCUGCAGAAGAUGAAGGUAGUAAUGGCAUCGCUAAGGCUCAACGCUAAGGCUCAUGUUGAGUCAACAUGACUUUAGGAUUAGUGA